AGUUGCAACAGAAGGAGGUUUUAGAGAGAGAAAGAGGGCGGAGCUGGGAGAGAGAAAUCAAUUUUCUUUCGAUUUUCCAGCCUUCCUUCUUCUUCUUCUUCUUCCUCUCCCUGUAGAACCGCGGAGGAGAUACAGAGAGAGAGAGAGAGGUAGGAAUUGAGUCGCCUUUUUGUUUUAUAUCAAAUCUCUUGAUAAUGUCAGUGUUAUGAUCUUUGGAGAGAUUUGAGAGAGAGAGAUUGAAAAAUAAGAGACAUUAGUUAGGGUUUCUGAUCUCGAUUUCAUAAUGAAUGUCAUGCGUCGCCUCAAGAGCAUUGCCUCCGGCCGUACCUCAAUUUCCGAUCCGGCUGAGGAUCCUAACAUUGGCAAGGUGAAGGUUGAUCAAGAGGUAGAACAGAGGGGAUUGGGAACCAAUUAUUUGGAGGAGGAAGCUGCAAGCCACGCUGAUCAAAAUAUUUCAAUUGCUCAAGAAGCUGUUGCAAGCACAUCCAAUGAUUCCUCUAUUGCUCAAACUGAUAAAUCUGGUUAUGAUGAGCUUCCGAAAGAAAUGCAUGAAAUGAAAAUCAAGGGAGACAGAGUUGAUGAUAAUGACAUGGAAACUGUUGUUUCUGGUAGUGGAACAGAAAAAGGUCAAAUAAUUGUCACAACAAUGGGUGGUCGAGAUGGACAUGAGAAACAGACAAUUUCGUACAUGACAGAGCGUGUGGUCGGCACUGGCUCAUUUGGUGUUGUUUACCAGGCGAAGUGCUUGGAAACUAGUGAAGCUGUGGCAAUAAAGAAGGUGUUGCAGGAUAAGAGAUACAAGAAUAGGGAACUUCAGAUUAUGCGCUUGCUCGAUCAUCCUAAUGUUCUUAAGCUAAAAUCAUGUUUCUUCUCUACCACCGAUAAUGAUGAUGUGUAUCUUAAUCUUGUCAUGGAAUAUGUACCUGAAACUGUCUAUCGAGUUUCAAGGCACUACAGUAGAAUAAAUCAGUACAUGCCCAUGAUUUAUGUGCAAUUAUACACAUAUCAGAUAUGUCGUGCUCUUAAUUAUAUACACAAUGUAAUUGGAGUGUGUCACCGUGAUAUUAAACCACAAAAUUUACUGGUCAAUUCCCAUUCUCAUGAGCUAAAAAUAUGUGAUUUUGGGAGUGCAAAGAUGUUGGUUCCUGGUGAACCCAACAUAUCAUAUAUCUGCUCCAGGUAUUACAGGGCACCUGAACUGAUUUUUGGAGCUACAGAGUACACAACAGCAAUCGAUAUGUGGUCUGCAGGGUGUGUUUUGGCCGAGCUACUUCUUGGACAACCACUGUUUCCUGGAGAAAGUGGGGUUGAUCAGCUGGUGGAGAUCAUUAAGAUUCUUGGAACACCAACCAGAGAGGAAAUUAAAUGCAUGAAUCCAAAUUACAAUGAGUACAAGUUUCCUCAGAUUAAGGCUCACCCAUGGCACAAGAUAUUUCAAAAAAGACUGCCACCUGAAGCUGUGGAUCUGGUGUCACGGUUACUUCAGUAUUCACCAAAGCUACGUUGCACACCUCUGGAGGCAUGUGCACACCCUUUCUUCAAUGAUAUAAGACAAGCAAAUUUAUGUUUGCCUAGUGGUCGACCCCUUCCUUCUCUAUUCAAUUUCACAGCACAAGAGUUGGUAGGCGUUUCUCCUGAAUUGCGUCAACAACUUAUUCCUGAACACUUGAGGAAAUAAUCGGAGCUGGUGAAGCAGUUAUUAUACUGCUUAUGGGAGAGGAGGGGAUGUAAAGGAGGCUCUUUUUUUUUUUUAUUAAAAUUUUCAUUUGGGGAUACUAGUUGAGGGAAGGGAGAGCAGCUACCUAAGAAGGGGCAACAUCCUUUAAGGAGAUGUGGGGGUGGAUUUAAGCUGUAGGUGGCACCUGUUACCUUUUAUUUUUUAUUUUAUUUUAUAAUUUCCUCGUUUGGUUGUUGUAUAUGUAACUUUGUGUACUAUUUAGGUGAGUUAUCAAUUGUUUUUUUCUUCAA